GAGAGGAUCCGCUCUGCCCUUUAUUUGAAUUAUCCCCUUUAGUUUUUUUUUCUUCACAAGAUUUGGGGCUGUCUGUGCCAGAGGCUGUCUGCUCUCUCACAAAAAACCAGGUUUCCUCCAAUAAUUUUUCUCUCUCUCCAGCUCCAGAAGGAACCAAUGGGAUCACCGGGCGGCCCUCUUCCCAGCCUUUGGCUGCAGUGGCCUCUCUUCCUUUGGAGGUUGCAAAGAAAGAAGACUUGGCGCUCCAUCUUUCUGCAGCCAUUGAAUUUGGAGAUGAGGAGGAGGCCAUGCGGUGUGCCUCCUUGCUUGCGCAGCAGCACAGCACUCUGCGCAUCCUGCUGAAGGAGUCCUGCUACCCUGCGAGCCAGAUCAGCAUGAAGGUGCAAGUGGAAGAUGCCUCCUGUUCUGCCAGCAUCACCACCCGGGUCCAAACACACACCACAAUCGCCACCCUCAGGCAGCAGGUGUUUCAGGAUUAUGGAUUCCACCCCAGCGUCCAGCGCUGGAUUAUUGGGCAGUGCCUAUGUGUGGACGACCGGACAGUUGGGUCCUAUGGAAUCCGAAAGGAUGGUGACACGGCCUUCCUCUACCUCCUCUCGGCGAAGAGAGCCAACCUCUCCGAGCAACGUUACAAGGAGGACAAGGACUGGGUGGUGCUUCAGCCGCCCCCCUCAUCGCCCCCUAGCAGCUCUGACACCAGGCACAAGGGCAGCACCAAUCCUUUGCCAAAGAAAGGUGGGAAAGAUCUCAACAAGAAGAGGGAUGUUGGGGAGGUUGCUCGCUUCCUGGACUCUGUGCAUCUCAGUAAAACUCUUCCGUGUCGUGCUCAAGCCCCCGCCACCACAGCUGCUGCCCCCGCUUCUCCUGUGCAGGCUGGUUGGUCAUGUCCUACCUGCACAUUCAUCAACAAGCCCACCCGCCCUGGCUGUGAAAUGUGCAGCACUGACCGUCCUGCUGGCUACGUGGUUCCUGUUAGCUACAGGCCGGAUGACCUGGAGCUGUGGCGGAUGCAGCAGGAGAAGGAGGGGAUCUUGCAGUACCAGAAGGCACUGGAGCAGGAACGGUUGCAAAAUUUCCAGCAACUGUGCCAGCUGGAGGAAGAGGCCCUGGUGCCCAAUCAGCAGGAGAUGGAGUGCCGGAUCUGCUACCUGAUGGUGGAGCCAGGUAACGGUGUGCUGCUCCGGGAAUGCCUCCACAGCUUCUGCAGAGCCUGCCUGCGCCAGCUGAUCAACUGCAGCCAGGAGCCCCAGGUGGCAUGUCCCUUCCGGGAUGAUGCCUACGCUUGCAACAGCCACCUCCAGGAUAGGGAGAUCCGUGCGCUGGUGGCCUGGGACGAAUAUGAGCGCUUCCUGGAGCGACGGCUGGCUGUGGCGGAGAGCCGCACCCAGAACAGCUACCACUGCCGGACAGCCGACUGCCCUGGUUGGUGCAUCUACGAGGACGACGUCAACGAAUUCCGGUGCCCCAUCUGCUGGGCUCUGAACUGCCUCAUCUGCAAGGCCAUCCACGAGGGCAUGAACUGCAAGCAGUACCAGGACAAGUUGCAGUCCCAGGCCCACAAUGAUGCUGCUGCCCGCAAGACUAGCAACAUGCUGAAGAUGCUGGUGCAGCUGGGAGAGGCUAUGCAUUGCCCUGCAUGCCACAUCGUGGUGCAGAAGAAGGGUGGCUGUGACUGGAUCCGAUGCCCUGUUUGCCAGACAGAGAUCUGCUGGGUGACCAAAGGGCCACGCUGGGGGCCGGGGGGCCCUGGCGACACCAACGGGGGCUGCCGGUGCAAUGUGGAUGGAGAGAGAUGCCACCCGAUGUGCCAGAACUGUCACUGAGCUUUUGCCAAAGGGAAGUGCGCAGACAAGACUUCAGCCCCCACCUCAACAGCACAACCCCAGACAGAACUCCACCUGGCUCCUGGGCUCAAGCCUGCCUCCUUUGGCGGUGAGGCACAACAUAUCUCCCUCCUUGGCUUUUCCUCCCCGUCCUGGACUUCUGACCACAUGAGGGCUGAAAACAUGCCACCCUUUGCAGCUCUGGUAGAUGCUGUAGUGCCUGCCCAAGGCCUGUUGCUCUGCAUCUACCUUGAAAGCGAGCAACCAAGGGAUGGUGUGCUUUCUGACAUCACUUGCAGAGGAAGAGUCAGAAAAUAGGUUAGUCUCUCCCUCCCUCCCGCAUGAAUUACUUGAUUCCAAAGCCCCCCCCCCCUUCAAAGGCUUUAACUGACACUUCUGGCAACCAAGGCACAACUAUUGAACUUUGAGAGAGCAAAACCAGAAGGAAGGGGAGAGACUCUGAUAUAGGUUGCUGCACAAGAGGAGAUGACCUUCCCAAUAAAAAAAAAACAUACCA